CAGCCGCCAUGCCUUUCUCCGGCCCGGACGACGCCUUCGACUACCUCUUCAAGAUCAUCCUGAUCGGGGACUCCAACGUGGGGAAGACGUGCGUGGUGCACCGCUUCAAGACCGGGCAGUACGCCGAGAAGCAGCAGAACACCAUCGGCGUCGACUUCACCGUCCGCUCCGUGGACAUCGACGGCAAGAAAGUGAAGAUCCAAGUAUGGGACACAGCUGGUCAGGAGCGCUUCCGGACGAUAACGCAGUCUUAUUAUAGGAGCGCUCAUGGGGCCAUCCUCGCCUAUGACCUGACUCGGAGGUCCACAUUUGAAUCCAUUCCACACUGGAUUAAUGAAAUUGAGAAGUAUGGUGCUGCGAACUUGGUCAUGAUGUUAAUUGGGAACAAAUCAGAUUCACUGGAUAAGCGCCAAGUCCUGUUUGAAGAUGCCUGCACACUGGCAGAGAAGCAUGGGCUCUUAGCUGUACUGGAGACAUCAGCGAAAGAAGCUCACAACAUAGAAGAGGUCUUCACGCUGAUGGCUCGGGAGCUUAUAGCCCGAAAUACCUUACAGCUUCACGGAGAGAUUCCUCCGAACAGCGUCUAUCUGGAUUCCAGGCCAGUGAUUGCCAGUCCAAGCGUGGAGAAGACCCAGUGCCUCUGCUGAAGGGAGAUUUCAGGAAGAACUUGGAUGUCAUCAUUCUUCCGAGGCUGUUUGAUUUCGUUUUAUUCAGUUGAUGAAAGU